CACAGUGCGGUUGUGUUGUGUGCUUUAACUUUAAGGUUUCAGCUUAAGUGAGAGAACAGAAGCAACAAGAUAAACCUGAGUGCGAAGAUUAGGUGUGAGAUCCAGAAACUGUUGUACCAUAUUUCCCACCCAAAAAACUCAUUUUUCUUCUUCAAUGGCUUCUUCAUUCUCAACUCAGCUGGUGCAGAGUCAGAACCUACUUCCUCGCUUUCAUGCUGUCCAGAGGAAGCCACAAGUAGUUUGUAGCAUUGGAUGCAGCAAAUUGUCAUCAAGAUAUCAUUAUGCGCCAAGGCUUUCUGUUUCACAACAAUCUAAAGCCAAAUCAGUCACUUCUCGGAGAAUAACAUGUGCUAGUGCUCAGGGAGAUGUUGCGGAGCUGCAAGCUAAAGUGACAAGCAAAUGUUUCUUUGAUAUAGAAAUUGGAGGUGAAUCUGCUGGAAGGAUUGUAAUUGGUCUAUUCGGAGAUGCUGUUCCCAAAACAGUUGAGAAUUUCAAGACUUUGUGUAUAGGAACGAAAGGAUAUGGUUACCAAGGAAGCUUCUUCCAUCGUAUAAUACCAAAUUUCAUGAUUCAGGGAGGUGACUUCACCGAAGGAAAUGGAACUGGUGGAGUCAGUAUCUUUGGUUCUAAAUUUGAAGAUGAGAAUUUUGAUUUGAAGCAUGUUGGUCCUGGAGUUUUGAGCAUGGCGAAUGCUGGUCCUAAUACUAAUGGCAGUCAGUUUUUUAUAUGCACUGUACCGACUCCAUGGUUAGACAAUCGCCAUGUUGUGUUUGGACAUGUCAUUGAAGGACUGGAUAUUGUGAAGCAACUCGAAUCACAGGAGACAAGCAGCUAUGACAAUAGUCCCAAGAAACAGUGCAAAAUUGCCAAGUCUGGAGAACUGCCUUUAGAUGGUUGAUCUUUACUCCAAAGUGCUGUACAUUCUUCCGACUGUCGAGUGCAAUUCAGUAUUGGAGGGUGUUUCGUGAGGGAGUUGUUCGAUUCAUGUUUUUGAAUUGUCAUUGCUCUCUCCCGUAGUUAAAAUUUAAUGUUACUGAAAGGGCAUUUGGUGAAUAAUUUUGUUAAGAGAGAUACAUGACCUAUAUUUUGUGAUACCAAAAUCCUUAAACAGUAAUUGUCAUUUUCUAUUAUAAAUUUAUGCUUAAGAACUUUGCAUCUAA